CAGGUUCAUCCGUUUGAUUUCUUUGGAUAAAUUGUUUUCUGGUAUUACUAAGAGAUUAAAAACUCCAGAUCGUGAUCAACAUUCCUAUGCAUAAGAGCGUGAAUGAUAUUAUGAUGGAAUCGAAAGCUGGUAAUAACAAGCCUAAAAGUUCCUUAUUUUACGAAGCUCCCCUCGGUUACAGCAUUGAAGACGUCCGUCCUUUUGGUGGAAUCAAGAAAUUCAAAUCUUCUGUCUACUCUAACUGCGCUAAGAGGCCAUCCUAGUCAACUCGAAUAGUCCUCGUAGUUUUUUAACUUGCUUUCCGAUUUUAAUAUCUUUCAAGAAAUUGUUUUCUCUCACAACAACAAAGCGAGAAGACGAUGUCAGUCUCUUCAAUAGGAUUUGAAGGCUACGAGAAGCGCCUUGAAGUAACCUUCUUUGAGCCAAGUAUCUUCCUCGACACGCAAGGGUUAGGCCUCCGUGCCUUAACCAAGUCUCAGAUCGACGAGAUCCUCCAACCAGCUGAAUGCACAAUCGUUUCAUCUCUCUCCAACGAUCAUCUCGACUCUUACGUCCUCUCUGAGUCCAGCCUCUUCAUCUUCCCUUACAAGAUCAUCAUCAAGACUUGUGGGACCACAAAGCUCCUCCUCUCUAUAGAACCACUCUUGAGGUUAGCUAACGAGCUCUCACUUGACGUUGAGUCCGUGAGGUACACUCGUGGAAGCUUCCUAUGCCCUGGAGGGCAGCCUUUCCCUCACCGCAACUUCUCUGAAGAAGUUUCUGUCCUCGAUGGUCACUUCACCAAGCUAGGUUUGAGCAGUGUUGCGUACUUGAU